AAAAUCUUUGCUAUGUUAUGUACACUUCGGGGUCUACAGGAAAACCAAAAGGCGUAUUGGUCGAACAUAAAAACGUUACAAGUUUAUUGAUGGACCCGAAAUAUGACCAUUUUAGAUACAAAGAUAGAGGAAUUAGGGCAUUACAAGUUCUAUCCAUGGCUUUUGACGCGUCAAUUUUGGGCUGGGCAAUGGCGAUUACCAAUGGUUCAACUAUUUGUUUUGCUAAAAAUCCAAAAUUAUUAGUUGGAAAUUACUUAUUAGAUAUCAUUAAAUGUAAUGAAAUAGAAGCAAUGAUAGUUGUACCGACUAUCUUGGCUACUAUUUCACCCGAUAAGUGUAGUCAAACUUUUAAAUAUCUUGAGGUUGGUGGUGAAGUUCUUCCAAAUAAUUUAGCUUACCUUUGGAAGAGUCGUCUUAAGAAAUUUUUUAAUUCUUAUGGUCCUACUGAAGUAGGUGUUAUGGCAACAAAUUAUGAUAUCAUACCCGAAAAUAGUCUUGUCACAUUUGGAUCUGCAGUUGGAACUCCACGUGAUCACACUUCAAUAUAUAUCUGUGAUCCAAUAACGCAAGAAUUAUUGAGUGAUAAAGGAGAAAUAUUGAUUGGUGGUGUUGGAUUAGCACGAGGAUAUUUAAAUCGGGAAGAUAUUACUAAAGAGCGUUUUAUAUUUCAUCCAAAAUUACAAAAACGUUUGUAUCGUACUGGUGAUCAAGGAUGUAUUCUGGAAGAUGGUAAAAUUAUUUAUUUAGGAAGGUUUGAUCGUCAAGUGAAGCUUCGUGGAUUCAGAAUUGAGCUUUCUGAAAUCGAAGCAAUAAUUUUGAGUAAAUGUCCAGAGAUUUGUCAUGCAUCAGUUCAAGUUAAUGAAGAAAAAGAGUCAUUGGUCGCAUUUGUCAUGCCAAAAGAUAUAGACCAUAAAGCAAUUCGAAAUAAAUUGAGCAAGGCAAUGGCAAAAUUUCAAGUUCCGGAUAUUAUUCCA